ACAGUGGCGCUGUGGCUGCCGGAAGCAGUUCCGCAGUGCUUGCCGGGAUCGUGCUGAUGUGGUCCCCCCACCUUCCCCCGCCCCGUCCCGGGAUGUCGGAAGAAACCCGACAGAGCAAAUUGGCUGCGGCCAAGAAAAAGUUAAGGGAGUAUCAGCAGAAGAACAGCCCUGGUGUUCCUGCAGGAGCUAAGAAAAAAAGAAAGAUCAAGAAUGGCAGUAGCCCGGAGACAACCACUUCUGGUGGUUGUCCCUCACCUGAGGAUAUUCAGGACAUUCUGAAGGUGCUGGUGUCCGACCUUAACCGCUCCAAUGGGGUAGCGAUCCCCCCAUUGGACAAGUGGAAGGCGCCCAAAGACCGCGCCGCUCCUGGUACACCGUCUGCUGAUGACACCGUGUCACCUGGCGGUGUCCCUUCCCCCUGUGCUAGUCCCCCCCGUGUCACUAGCAUGGCAUCAACUCAGAACCGUGAUGCUGACAAUGAUCCUAGUCCCGUUGACGAAAGCACAUCUUUCUCAUCCACCGAGAGCCUGCGAAAGCUAUCUCAGCAGCUCAACGGUCUUGUGUCCGAGUCUCCAUCUUAUAUCAACGGGGAGGGUCUAGCAUCCUGUACUGACAUAAAGAAUCUGGAGAGCCGGUACCAAGAACUAUCAGUAGCCAUGGACUCCAGCAAUCUAACAAACAAACAACUCAGUAGCAAGAUAGAGCAAUUGAAACAAGAGAAACAGGAAACUUUGGAUCGACUGGAAAAAGAGAAGAAGGAAUUUGAGAAGAAGCUUGUGAAGGAACAAGGGGCUCUGAGAGAGCAGCUGCAGGUCCACAUCCAGACCAUAGGGAUUCUGGUGUCUGAGAAGACGGAAUUACAGACAGCCCUGGCUCACACCCAACAGGCAGCCAGGCAGAAAGCAGAAGAGUUGGAGGACCUUGCUAAUUGCCUGCGGUCGUCCAGGCAGCGUGUGGGAGAGCUGGAACGGACGCUGUCUGCCGUCUCCACGCAGCAGAAGCAGGCCGAUAGGUACAACAAAGAAUUAACCAAAGAGCGAGAUGCCCUCAGGCUGGACUUAUACAAGAACAACAAAAGCAACGAGGACCUGAAGCAGCAGACCUCGGAGCUGGCGGAGAAGCUGCGGGUCAUGGCGAAGGAGAAGGCGGCCAUGCAGCUGGGGACGGAGGAGCGGCAGAAGAAGGUGGAGAUGUCCGAGCUGCUGCUGCGGCAGUUUUCUAGUCAACGUACCGCUGACAGCAGCCAGCAGUUACAGCAGGCCCUGAACGAGCAGGCACAGCUGGAGACCCACGUGGAGCAGCUGAAGGAUUCUCUGAAGCAGCUGCAGGCAGAGAGAGACCAGUAUGUGGUGAAUAUGAAAGAAGAGAACGCCGUUUGGCAGCAGAAGAUGCAGCAGAUGCUGGAGCAGAUGGGCAAGUUGAGGGAAGAAAAGGAGUGCAGCAUGAGUCAGGUGCAGGAGCUGGAGACCAGUUUGGCCAAACUGAGGACCGAGAUCGCUGUGCCUGCGCCUCAGGAGCCCCCAGCCGGGCCCUCGGAGGUAGAACAACGGCUGCAGGCGGAGGCCGAACAGCUACAGAAGGAACUGCAGAGCCUAGCACGGCAGCUGCAGGCCCAGGUGAAGGACAACGAAAGUCUGAGUCGCCUGAAUCAGGAACAGGAGCAGCGGCUGCUGGAGCUGGAGCGGGCGGCCGAGUGCUGGGGGCAGCAGGCCGAGGAGCGCAGGCAGAUUCUAGAGAGCAUGCAGAGCGACCGCACCACCAUCAGCCGCGCGCUGUUCCAGAACCGCGAGCUCAAGGAGCAGCUGGCUGAACUGCAGAAUGGAUUCGUCAGGCUGUCCAACGAGAACAUGGAGAUAACCAGCGCACUGCAUUCGGAGCAGCACAUCAAGAAGGAGCUGGCCAAGGAGCUGGACCAGCUGCAGGGGAGGCUAGGAGAGCUGAAGGAGACGGUGGAGGUGAAGAGCCAGGAGGCUCAGGAUCUGCAGCAGCAGCGGGACCAGUACCUGAGCCACCUGCAGCGGUACGUGGCUGCCUAUCAGCAGCUGGCCUCUGAGAAGGCGGGGCUGCACAAGCAGGCGCUGGUGCAGACGCAGCUCGUGGACCAGCUGCAGCACGAGGAAGUCCAGGGCAAGGUGGCCAUCCAGAUGGCCCGCCAGGAGUUACAGGAGACCCAGGAGCGCCUGGAAACAGCCAACCAGCAGAACCGGCAGCUACAAGCCCAGCUGAACCUCAUGGCUGUGCCUGGGGAAGGAGGUGGACCGGACGGUGAGGAGGAUGAGGAGGUCCCCCGGCUGAAGCUGAGCGUGCCGGAGGAGCUCGACAGCCGAGAGCUGCUGGUGGCAUUUUUUAACUCGGCCUUAGCCAGUGCUGAGGAAGAGCAGGCCCGGCUGCGCGGGCAGCUGAAGGAGGAAAAGCUGCGCUGCCAGCGCCUGGCUCACCUGGCAGCCCCGGCCCAGGACGGGGCGGAGAAGGAAGCCCCAGCCUCCGGGAUCGGGGGGGACAGUGUGCCUGCAGAGACCCACCAGGCCCUCCAGGUGGCCAUGGACAAGCUGCAGGGCCGUUUUACAGCGCUCAUGCAGGAGAAAGUGGAUCUGAAGGAGCGGGUAGAGGAGCUGGAGCACCGCUGUAUCCAGCUGUCCGGAGAGACAGACACUAUUGGAGAGUACAUCGCCCUUUAUCAGAGUCAGAGGGCGGUGCUGAAGGCGCGGCACCAGGAGAAGGAGGAGUACAUCAGCCGCCUGGCUCAGGACAAGGAGGAAAUGAAGGUGAAGCUGCUGGAGCUCCGGGAACUGGUAUUACGCCUGGUGGGCGAGCGAAAUGAAUGGUAUGGCAAGUUCCUGGCUGCCCAGAACCCUGCUGGUGAGCCCACUACAGCGUCCCCAGCCCCGCAGGAGCCUGGUGCUGCCGACGAGAGUGGUCUCCGUGAGGUGAGCCUCAAGGACAACGUGGACCCCACCCAGGGGGGAGCCCUGCGGGGCCAGACGACCCCUGAGAACCCCACUGCGCAGCAGAUCAUGCAACUGCUGCGCGAGAUCCAGAAUCCCCAGGAGCGCCCAGUCUUGGGCAGCAACACCUGCAUCCCCUUCUUCUACGAGACUGACGACAACGAUGAAGUGAAGAUCUUGGUGGUCUAACUGCCUGACACUAGCGGGCAAAGACCAGAGACCUGGGGCCGGGGCGCUCUGCCCCUGCCCAUACCUGCCACCCUGUCCCUCCUUCCUGGCACCCCUUCAUCCCUAAAAAAACCCCUGAAAAGGGGUAUAGCCCCCUGUCUAAUGGGGGGAGACAAAUAGGUGCAGACCCCUUGCCAUCUUGGCCAGGGCUGUGUCUUGAUCUCUGGGCUAUUAAUAGUUCCAGAAAAACAAAGAGCCAGAGGCUCAGUAAAGGUAGUUUAUUUAAGAGGCUGCCGUUCUUGGGGAGCAGGGACUCCCUGCUGGUCUCCUCACCCCCACCAAGCAGUCCUCCAUUCAGAGGGGCUCAUGCAUCCUCUGUUCAGAGGCACUUUGGGGCACAAGUGCCCCCCCUCCCCCUUGCCCAGCCAGACAACUGGGCAGCACUCUCACAGGCCUUGGGCAGGUUGGGCAAACCGAGGCCAGGCAAGGACAUAAGCUGGUGGCGGGGUGGGCUCCCUCCCCAGUGUUUAUACUGUAACUGUGUAACAUUUUGUAUAUUCUGGAGGUAGGGAAGCCCCCUGUAUCACAUUGGAGGUUGGUGCUGGUAAAUGGGGAGGACCUUCUAUUGAAUAUUUGGGGCUGGGGAAAAUUAUUUAUUGAUAGUGUAGGACGGAGAGAGAAGGUGGAGGCGGGGACGGGUUUGUGCCCGGGUGAUUCGACUCCUGUUUCACUUUUUAUUUCAGAAUAAAUGAAUUUAGCCAUA